UGGUCUUGUUUAUUUCUCUCAUGUCUCUAGUCUCUCAACUAACACCGUGUAUAUAUAUAGCUAUAUAUAUAUGUCCAUUUUCUACUUCAAGAUCAUAUAAGUUCUGGUUCGCCAAGAGUUCUGGUUUUGAUCAGCAGAAAUUAUCUCCUGAAUCCUGAUCUCAUUCCCUGAGACCGAGACACGUUAAAACUGUUUUGUUUUUGGUAUUGAUCGAAGAUGAAGUUCGGGAAGGAGUUGAAGUCACAAAUGGUACCAGAAUGGCAAGAAGCUUACAUGAACUACGACUCGUUAAAAUCAGUUCUCAAAGAUAUCCAUGUAUUCAAACACCGAAAAAAUUCAUCAUCGUCAGUCAUUCCUAGUAUGGACAGACAAAUGUCGAGGUACAGAGCGUUUAGUGGUCUAUUACAUCGGAACCCGUCAACAUCGACAUCUUCUCAAGCAGUCUUAGGAGUCGAACCCUCUCAGCUUCACCACCGUCAUCAUAAUUAUCAUCAUGGUCAUGAAAGUGAAGAUGAUGAAGAACAACAAGUAAUACUAGUGAAGAAUCCGACAAACUUACGUGAAGGAACGAGAGAUGAAGGUCAGUACCAGACAAAGUUCUUGAUGACAGCUGAAGCUGGCGGUGAAUAUGAACUUGUUUUCUUCCGUCGACUCGAUGAUGAAUUCAACAAAGUUAAUAAGUUUUAUAAAGACAAGGUAGAUGAAGUUAUGAAAGAAGCUGAUUCUUUGAAUAAACAAAUGGAUGCGCUGAUUGCUUUUCGUGUUAAAGUUGAUAACCCUGAAGGAUUAUUAGUUGACGAUGAAAGUUGGUCGAUCGAAAUGGAUCAGUUUUCGUCUGAAGUUGCUGCUUCCGCACCCAUGGCCGUCACUACACCGAACGGUACUACUAGAAAACACAACAAGUCGUCCUCGAGGAAACUGCACAAAAAUUCCGCAAUAGAACAGAUAGAUGAGGGCAGUAGGGAAGGAUCUCUGUCAGAUAAGUAUGCAUCAUCCGGCGGUAGCGGCGGCGCUGAUAGUACUGAUCCCAGUACAAGUACUAAUACUGUUCAGAACGGUGUUACAAAUUCUCCAGAGCAUCAACCACUUAAUCAAAAUGCUAAAAAGAAACCAUCCAGGCCACCUCCGCUGCACAUCCUCAACCGUGUGCAAAUCAAUAAUACGUUGGAAACUCCUAGAUCUACUAUCAAAGGACUCAUGAAUAAUGUCAAUAGUAACAGUAACAGUGUCAACAACAGGCUCAGCACUGAUGGUUCCAAUUUCAAGAAAGAAAAUCUCAAGAAAAUCGAGGGACAACUUCGACGAGCAUUUAUCGAGUUUUAUCAGAAACUUCGUCUUCUGAAGAGUUACAAUUUUCUCAAUUUGUUGGCUUUCUCCAAGAUCAUGAAGAAAUAUGACAAGGUCGCGUCAAGAAGUGCAUCGAAGUCUUACUUGAACAUGGUGGAUAGAUCCUACCUAGGCAGUUAUGAUGGGGUUACUAGGCUCAUGGAUCGGGUGGAGGCAACAUUCAUUAAACAUUUUGCAAACUCGAACCGUAGUAAAGGCAUCAGAAUCUUGAGACCCCAAGCCAAGAAAGAAAGGCACACUAUUUCAUUUUUCCUGGGUGUGUUCAGUGGUUGCACAGCGGCUCUAAUUGUAGCACUAAUAUUAAUUAUACGGGCUCGAAACAUUAUAGGAAAAGAAGGCAGCACUCAGUACAUGGAAAACAUGUUUCCACUUUACAGCUUAUUCGGGUUCAUCGUAUUACAUAUGCUAAUGUAUGGUGUAAACAUAUAUUUUUGGAAACGUUACAAAGUAAACUACCCAUUCAUAUUUGGAUUCAAACAAGGGACUGAAUUAGGAUAUAGAGAAGUUUUCCUACUCGGUGCAGCUGUAGCAACACUUGCAUUGUCUAGUGUACUUGCGAAUCUGGAUAUGGAAAUGGACGUGAAAACGAAAGAUUAUAAAGCAUUCACCGAAAUUCUUCCUCUUGGAUUAGUCACGCUUGUACUUCUUAUAACGAUUUGUCCCUUCAAUAUCAUUUACCGCUCAAGUCGUUAUUUCUUGCUUCGGUGUUUCUUUCACUGCCUUCUUGCUCCACUUUACAAGGUCACUCUACCAGACUUUUUCCUGGCUGAUCAACUAACUAGUCAGGUUCAAGCUAUUCGAAGUCUUGAGUUCUAUAUUUGCUACUAUGGUUGGGGAGACUUCAAGCGGAGGAACAACACUUGUAAAGAUAAUGAUAUUUACAAUAUUUUUUACUUCAUCCUCGCCCUUGCCCCAUAUUGGAGCCGAUUGCUUCAGUGCCUCCGACGCUUAUAUGACGAGCAUGAUGCAAUGCAAGGCUAUAACGCGUUUAAAUACUUUUCGACAAUGGUGGCAGUUCUUAUGAGAACUGCAUAUACUAGGCGACCAUUGACUAGAUGGCUUGUAUUGGCAUGGAUCAGUUCAGUUGUUGCUACAACGGUAAGUACAUACUGGGACAUUGUCAUCGACUGGGGUCUUCUACAAAGGAACUCGAGAAAUCGUUGGCUUAGAGAAAAACUUCUUGUCUCAAGAAAAAAUGUAUACUUUGGAGCCAUGGUAUUGAAUGUUCUGUUGAGAUUUGCUUGGUUGCAAACAAUGUUGAAUUUUCAUGUAUCAUUUCUACAUAAAGAAGCUUUGACAACAAUUGUUGCCAGUCUCGAAAUUAUUCGUCGUGGCGUCUGGAAUUUCUUUAGGUUGGAGAAUGAGCAUUUGAACAAUGUUGGAAAAUUUAGAGCUUUCAAGACAGUGCCACUGCCUUUCAACUAUGAUGAGGAUGAUGAAGAUAAAGAUGACUAAUAAAAAUGGUACCUGAGAUUCUAAUGAUGUAUUAACAGUUUUGUAGCAGCUAGUCUCUAAUGUAAUUAAAUAAAGCUUUUUUUUUUCUUUUUUCUUUAUAUAUAAUUUAAGCUAUUUGACAAAGAUAUUUGACGAA